AUGGCAGACCCGUCGCCGCCCACACGGCAUGCCCUGUCGUGGCUGACAGAUGCGAACUACUUCAGCAUACCUGCAUGGUACCCCAUCUACUUCCUCACGAGCCAACUGCGCUCGCUGCCCUACCCGGAGACCGAGUAUCGUGGGAAGACGGUAGUCGUGACCGGCGCCAAUGUGGGUCUCGGCCGGGAAGCCGCGCGUCACUUCUGCCGCCUCGGGGCGGCCAAGGUCGUCCUGGCCUGUCGCGACCUCGACAAGGGCCGGGCGGCAGGGGCCGACAUCGAGAAAUCCACGUCGAGGGCGGGGGUCGUGGACGCGUGGCAGCUCGACCUCGGCAGCUUCGAGAGCGUGAGGGCCUUCUGCCGGCGCGCGGACGCCGAGCUGGACCGCCUGGACGUCGUCGUCGAGAACGCUGGCGUCGCCAUCGGGACCUACGUCGAGUGUGACGGCGGGUUCGAGAGCACCGUCGCCGUCAACGUCGUGUCGACCUUCCUCAUGGCCCUGCUCCUGCUGCCGACGCUGAGGCGGACCGCGGCGAGGUUCAAUGUCGAGCCGAGACUGGUGGUGGUGUCCUCGGACGCACACCUUUUUGCAAAGUUCGCUGAGCGGCAGCAGCCGAACAUCUUUGAGGCCUUCAAGGGCAAGGAGAACAUGAACGAGGACCGGUACAACCUGUCAAAGCUGUUGGAGGUCUUCGUCGUCAGGCAGCUCGCUUCCGAGAUGGCGCCCAACGACCCUGUCAUCAUCAACGCCCUCAGCCCUGGCUUCUGCCAAUCAACCCUCUUCCGCCAUGCUCCUGGCUUUCUGCGGGCUAUCCUCGAGAUAGGCGUCCGCAUCAUUGGGAGAACCUCCGAGGUGGGCUCGCGCGCUCUGAUGUCUGCGGCUGCCGCCGGUAGAGAGACACACGGCGGGUACAUGGACAACUGCAAGCCCCGAGACCCGGGCCCGUUUGUGCUGAGCGAGGAGGGCGCGCAACUUCAGCAGCGGGUGUAUAAGGAGCUGAUGGAGGUGCUGGAAGAUAUUGAGCCGGGUAUCACCAAGAAUAUCCGCGCAUGA